CCUCUCCCUUCCGCUGAUCGUGGCGGGCGCAUGCGCGCUUGCACGAGUGCCGAUGGCGGCGCCCGCCGUCCCCACGCCGCGGUACGAACAUGUGGGGCCGCGCGGCCCGUUCCGGGACGUGUACGAGCCGGCCGAGGACACCUUCCUGCUGCUGGACGCCCUGGAGCGGGACGCGGCCCAGCUCCGGCAGGCGGGGAUCGACAUCUGCCUUGAGAUAGGGUCUGGGUCUGGUGUGGUUUCAGCAUUCCUGGCUUCCAUCAUUGGAGCCAGUGCACUCUACCUAUGUACAGAUAUCAAUCCUGUGGCAGCUUACUGUACGCUGGAGACAGCUCAGCUGAACAAUGUUCACCUUCAGCCAGUCAUUACUGACUUGGUCAAUGGACUGUCACCAAGACUGAAUGGGAUGGUUGAUCUACUGCUCUUUAAUCCACCAUAUGUGGUAACACCUUCUGAAGAGGUGCAGAGCCAUGGAAUAGAGGCAUCCUGGGCUGGUGGCGAAAAGGGCAGAGAAGUAAUGGACAGAGUUUUUCCACUAGUAGCAGACUUGCUUUCAGCAGGAGGAUUAUUCUACUUGGUCACAAUUAAAGAAAAUAAUCCAGAUGAAAUUCUGGAAACAAUGAAGAAACAGGGUUUAGAAGGCACACGUCUGCUUUCCAGACAAGCAGGACAAGAGAUGCUUACUAUCCUCAAAUUUAGGAAGCCUGGAUAACUGUUUUUUAGGCAUGCAGAAGGUUGGAUACAGAAUACUGAAGUUGUCAAAUGAGUUUUUAAGUCAGCAUUGGACGAGGUGCAUCCUCACUUCCCCAUUACUGCAAUGAAACUGAUCAAGACACUGUCCUUAUAUUUCUUCAGGAUGUCAGCCAGCUUUUAUCUGGCUGUCAGGUACCGCUGGUCCCGGGCUACCUGCAGGAGAGGUGCGGGUGAACUGGAAGAUACCAUAACGCAUCACGUUUUGCACUUACUACUUUUUCUUUUAUAAGUAGGAGUUUGUGUGUUUAUUUUUGUGGCUUAUUGAAAGAAUGUACCUGAUUUAACUUUUCCUGUUUUAAUAGCUAGUCUGUUUCUCUGUUGGGUUCAGUGUUACUCAUUUUGAUGUAAUAUUAGGCACGGCUCUCGUAGCAGCUGAUCUUUAAGGUUCUGCGUUAACAGAAACUUGAAAUGAUUAGUUAGCUCUUCUCAAGGGGACCGAAGUCACGAGUUUUGUUGGGUUUUUUUGGUCAGAUGCUGAGGCUUUAGAGUAACUGUUCCAUAUGACUUCAGAGCUAAACAUCUCUAACUCUCUACUAACCUAGCUGGCAAAAACUUUAGAAGUUUUUUUUCAUAUUUGGAGAGGACCACCUCAAAAAACUAAUCUAGGAAAAUGAAGAAAGGCUUUGGACAGGCACAACACCAUGCAAGAGAUAAAAGUGUAGCGCAUGUUAGCAGAAACAUGCAACUGCAGACUGAGGUGGGCCACCUGAGGAUUUGACACAUUUCACUGCAAAGUAAUGCAAGAGGCCUCUUUUGACUGAUACAGGUCAAAAGUUGAUGCUUUUCAGGUGAAAAACUUAUUCCUUGUACUAUGCUGAAGAGCAUACAAUAAGUACUAGAUAGCAGGAAGUACGCAGUGAUGAUUGUUCUAUAUCCUAAGAUCACUAUUCCCCAGCUCAGAAAACUACUGAAGAACAGUGUUCAAUUCAAGCACAGCUAAUGCAUUCCUUUCAAAUAACGUUUUUUCGUCGAUAUGGUUUUUAUAUAAAUUAAUAUGAGUGUGAGCACAAACACCCAGAAGGAGAGUUUAGACAGAAGAUUCAGUUACGUAAAGGAUGUUAGCCGAUGUUUGUUAUGUACAAGAAUCCCUAAAUAACAAAGUGAGUUUUGUUGACCAAAGUGAAGCUACAAUCAUCUUUGAUUCUGAACUUCAGAAUACCUUGUCUAAGGAACACUAAAGGUGAGAAACUGAGAUGCAACUUUCUGGCCACAAAAGUUGGAAAUGUGUGAAAUAACAUAAAUCCAUAGUCUCUUUCUAGUGAUGAAUUUAAGCAAUUUAUGUUUGUGCAACUUACCUCCCUUAGUGUAUGGAAAGGAGGUUCUCCACUCCUUGAUACUGCUUUUAUGCAGAAUUAUAUUUUUGGUUUUAUAGCUGUAGUACUAUUCAUCCUUAAGACUGCUCUGUAGGCUUUCUGUUGUUAAUCAUUUGGACCAAAAUAAGGUUGCUGUGCAAAGGUCACGACAUCAGAAAACAAUUUUAAGAUGGCGUUAAAACUUACAAUAGAAUCAAACUGCAGGUUUAACAAAAGGAAUUUUUAGUUAAUCUGUCUGACUCUGAGCUGUAACUAAAUAAUUAGUUUUAAAAGAGGUAAUCAAAGGAAAAAAAUGCAGUCGACCCUUGAGCAUGUGGUUUUAAUACAAGUUACAAAUGACAAUAAUGGAUCAGAAUGCAACAUGUAAUAAAACAUAACAUACUUUCAACAAAAACAGAUCACACUGGACUAUCUAGCAACAGGAUUUCUAAACAAGGAAAUAGAUGUGUCCACUUUAAUGAGUCAGUUUUCCUGGCCAAGGUAUAUUGAUGUCAGCUGCAACUUUUGUGGAAGAACUUUUCAAAAUGCAGUUCAAGGAAGAACACUGGUGAGUUUUUUAAGACUUAAUUCCUUUUGUGCUACAAUCACUAUCCCGCUAAAGACUGGGAAAUGGUGACAAGCAAAGCAACUGUUUUGUUUGUUUUUUUUUCCCCGAACUUUGAAAUUUGCUGUAUCUACCCAGAAGGCUGCAUGGACCCUUAACAUUUGCCAAGGCACACACUGCCUUCUAGAAGACCAAAGAAUCAAUGCCAUUUAUGAAAAGUUUGGAAGGAGCAUUCCUGCAUUCACUGCAUGUAAAAAUAAGCUGCGUGGCAGAUACAGGCUAUGUGUGUAGUGCUAAAUUUAGCGAGAGGAAUACAAAAAUUCUGUUCCCCAGUAUUCCUAGGCACUACUCUGUUGGAAAUAGAAAGCUGUUUUUCAGAUACAGACAGUGGCAGACACAUCAAAAGACAAUGCCAGCACUUGCACUUGGUUCUGUUAGACAAAAACUACAGAAUUAAUAAGACUCAUAGACAAUUUGCAAGUUAGGGUCUGAAAGAAGAGAUGAACGUGGCUCUUCUCAAGUAAUAACUGUUUUGAAAGCCAACUGACGUUAACCAGGUAUCAAACAUGCAGUUAAGUCAGAUAAUUUUAUCUGAAACAGUGAUACAACAGACAUAAUAACCAGAGUUUCAGUAAUUAGGAAAAUAACACAGCUUCCUCUUUUAACUGCUGUUUCCAGUUAGGUCUUUUCCAUACCAAUUGUGAAUGAUUCCCAUUCCCUCCCUCUCUCAAAAAAAAAAAAAAAGGUAAAAACAAGUUUCUCUUCUCAAAGCC